GGUCCACAAGGCGCAGUUCGCCAACAGAGAGAGAAAGAGAUGGAUAGAUAGGAGUGUACGCGCGCCAACGGGAUCUUUUCCUACCUUUUCUAGCUUCCCAAAGCUGGUAACACACGGCUGGUACUACAUCCAAGUGCAAGAAGUGCGGCACCAGUAGUGUCUGCGACGUGAUAGUGCAAAAGGCCCAGGCGGUUUGGAGGGUCUAGUCAAGCAUCAAAGUGCUACUCAAGAAUCUGUGAUUUUUCCCUACUUCCCACUGAUUGUGAUAUAUUUUUCUUCGCUCAUUGAUACCUACAAACCGUCAAGAUGGUGCAAGGAGACGUUACAAGUGUACUGAGAGAGACCACUAACCUGGAGCAGGUGCGUGAGGAGGCGAAGGAGAGACGUAAGAGGCGCAAGAAGAAGCGUUCAGGGUCCACCCUUGUUGCCAGUGUUUUCAGUGAUCUGUACAAACUUACCGGUGAGGUGUUGGGACAGGGUGCAUAUGCGUCAGUGCAGACAUGUGUCAACAUCUAUACAGACAUAGAGUAUGCAGUAAAGAUCAUAGAGAAGGUACCAUCACACAGCCGAACGCGGGUCUUCAAGGAGGUUGAGAUGUUCCACCACUGCCAGGGACACAAGAACAUCAUUCAAUUGGUUGAGUUCUUUGAGGAGGAGGACAAGUUUUAUCUAGUAUUUGAAAAAAUUUAUGGGGGUCCUCUGCUGUCUCACAUCCAGCGGAGGACUCACUUCACAGAGGCUGAGGCAUCGAUGGUCAUCAGAGAUCUUGCCUCGGCUCUGGCAUUCCUUCAUAGCAAAGGUAUUGCUCAUAGAGACCUGAAGCCAGAGAAUAUCCUCUGUGUAUAUCCGGACCAAUUAUGCCCAGUAAAGAUCUGUGAUUUUGACUUGGGCUCAGGAAUCAAGUUCAACUCCAACCUGAGCUCUCCAGUGGUGACACCACAGUUACUAACACCUGUGGGGUCUGCAGAGUUCAUGGCUCCGGAGGUUGUUGAGGGGUUCAUCAGCGAUGAUGCCGGGCCCUACGACAAAAGGUGCGAUUUGUGGUCUCUUGGUGUGGUGACGUACAUUCUUCUGUGCGGUUACCCUCCUUUCUGUGGCAACUGUGGGGAAGACUGUGGAUGGGAGCGAGGGGAGGCUUGUAGUCAGUGUCAAGAUCUCCUCUUCAACAACAUCCAGGAAGGCAGCUAUGAAUUCCCCAAACCUGAGUGGUCAUCAAUCAGUGAGGAGGGAAAGGAUCUGAUACGCAACUUACUGGUGAAGGAUGCUUCCCAGAGACUGUCAGCGGAGAUGGUCCUUUCCCACCCCUGGAUCAGGAAUGGCGGUCCCUCAACCCGCCUCGAGACACCAAAUGUUAUCAGAAAGAACCACAGUGCGCAGCAGCUGUCAGUAUUUGCUGAAUCCUGCAUGGCGCUGAAUAGGGUCUUACUGCAGCACUUCAGUAUGAACCAGGAUGAGGAUUGUGAGAACAUGAAUGGGGUUGAUCCGCCCUUCGGGUUAUCUCCCCCAUCAGAGUCCCGACUUGCCCAGCGGCGGCUCCGUUCUCUCAGCCUCAAUACUGAGCACCUCCUCACUGCCACCGGCUAACUGGCUCUCUUGCCAGUCACUCAGGGUCAGGUGCUACGCCAUGACACCAACAUGGGCGUAGCACCAUUCUUUUUUCAUUCUUGUUUAGGCUUAGGCUUUAUUAGCAAGUUUAUGCUGCUUAGAAUCCUGACAAUGGACAAGGAAUCUGAACAGCAAGGCUAGCUGUAGGCCAUCAUUAUAAGCCUCAGGUUUUUCUACCUUGUAAUAUUACAAUAAUAACAUAUAAUGGAGGUUUAGCCAGCUCAUUAAUGAUCAAAUAUAAAAAAAAAUAUAUAAAAAAUAUUUGUUUAUUAAGUUUGAUAUAUAUGUAGGCACAAAAUUUUGAGAUAUAUUUUCAUAUGGAUAUGCUUUAUUGAUUAUUGAGUUCAGGACAUUAACAUCAGUUUUACCUGGAUUCUUGAAUUUUUGAGUGCCAAUAAAUAAAACAGUGUGGGCUACAACCAACAGAUUAAGUACAAAGAUUAUUAAAAAUCCUUUGAAUCUGUCCUUAAUGCCACUGUAAAGUAAACUAGGGUUAUGAAAUGCGCGGCGGUGUGGCUAGCUACCCCCUCCGUGGAUGGCGUGUGUGGAUCGCUAGGAGUGGGCACUGUGAUAACUCUAUUAGUGUGUAAGUUGAGAACGGACCCAGUCGUAAUAUUGCUUGGAAUAAUGUUUCUCUUUGUGUGUGGUGCUUAGUAACUUAAGUUCAUAGUAGUAAUCCCAGUAAGUGCCUACGCUUUUACAACGUCAUAGUUGUGACACUUAAGUCCCAAUUUAUUUGGAUGAUUUUGAAAGAGCAUUGAUUAGGUUCAAUAAAAUUAGGUCCAUACAAGCCAGAGGGUCAAUUCAGGGCAGUUCAGCUUAAAAAACAUUUUCAUAUUUAUACAAGAAGCUUCUGUAUAAGCUUGUCAGUUCUAGUCGCAUUUGAGAAUGCACAGAACGCUCUAGUUUUGUUUUUGCUAGAGCGCUGUAUCAGCUACCAGACUUAUUUUGUGGCGAGAGUAGCAAUUUACACUCGGUAGAGGCAGAUCACUCAACAUCUUCAGUUAGUGGUAAAACAAAGGAAGCCAUGGUGAUUCUGUAUACAAGGUGCAGUACUGCUGCUCGCUCCACAUCUAGGGAAGGAAUUGUUCCCGAGCCAUGCCCUCUGGUGUGUCACCCAGUUUCAGGGAGCCUGUGCUGGACCCCUGGAGGGCCACGCAGGCAUGGCAUCCGACACAAGGCUGCCCAUUAAGUGAUGACGUGUGUACCUGGAGUGCCAUGGCUUGUGCGCACGCUGCCCCCGUCCUGCACGAUCCACACACAUCUGUCCCAUACAGUAGAGUUACGUUUUGUUACUGUUUUCUAUCUUUUUUAUACAUUGGACUAGGAGAUAAAAGUACGAGUUGAUUACUUUUUAAAUUUGCCAAAAAGGUUUUGUUUCCUGUGGGGUGAAAAAGCCUCCCCCGAGUUUGAUUUUUUCACAAUUGGCUUUGUCUGCCUAGUUUUGUACCUUGUUCCUUAAAUGUAGUCAUAGAUGGUCAUGAGAAUUACCCAAAUUAAUUUGAGUAUACCCAAAUUGAAGUAAAUUUUUGCACAUUGGAUUGGAUUUUUGUCAUUUUUCCCUUAGUAUGGGAUAUACUAGUGAAGACAUCUUAGGCUCCAGAGGUCUUAGACAGCCUAUAUGAUAUUUAUUUAAGUACUGUACUGAACAUUGUGGCUUCAUUUGGGCUAGUUCACUUUUAUUUAGGUACAUAGAGGUUCAUUUGGGUAAUUCAGAAGAUCCAUCUUUGAUUACCUUUCAUUUACUAAGGUAGAGACUGGAUGCUUAAGACAAAGAAUUUUUUGGGGUGCAAGUAGGGUUGCUGUGGUAGCUUGUCCUGCCGUGUUUCUCCGUCACCUUGGACAGGCUGAUAAUUUAUCGAAAAUAGUUCUAUUAGAUGCCGGUAUGCCCCGUGGUCUGCUUUACGUGUUGCCCGGGCUGCCUAUUGACCCAGUGAAGUAGGUGCAGUGACCAAGGUGAAAUGGAGAGGCAGUGGUAGGUGGGCCACCACAGUGACUGUAUUGUAACCACCCCCACAACAUUCCUCAUCCAUCAUUGUAUCAUACAGCUACGCGGUCGAUCCACAAAACUGGUCCAUGCUUUUCUCCAGCUCCUGUCAUAUCAUGAUCUCAUUUUUGUUUGGCCUAACAGGGCUAGAGAGAUUCAUUGAACUCUUUUUUUAAUUUAUUUGUCAUUUCUUGACGAAUCCCAUUGCUAACUUCAUCAAGCCAUUAGUAGCCGAAUUUCUAAACAACACAAUAACACAUUACAUAAAUUUAUAUUAGUAAUUUUUCUAGAAAAUAUUCUGAAAUUUUUCAAAAUUGUGGGAAAGUACAGUUAUAGUGUUGUUUGUUAAUUACGGAUUGGGAGUAGAGUCCAUGCGAUAGUAGCUCAAGGAUCGACCACGCUGCUUCAUCUUCAUCCUUGUCUUCCCAUUGUACCGCCUAGCGCGAUAGGCAGUAUGAGAGGAGAGAAAAAAUGUUAUCUCGAAAGUGGCCCCCUUCUCGCCCUCGAUAGACAAGCUAAUCCGAACUUCAUCCAGGGCGACACAAGGAGAUCUUCCUCUGUUAAAAACAGCCUGCAUUAGCUAGUCUCAUCACAAAUGUCAAGCGAUAGCAAAAGCAUAUAAGGAUAAAUAUUAAUCGCCAUACUGUAUAUGGAAUAAUUUAUAUCAUGGAAUUUAUAUAUGUAAUUAUUUGAAGAAGGUAUAGGGAGGCCCCUGUAUGUUACCGUAUGUGGUGUACCUGUACUACAUAGGAUGGUACGAACACAAGUAUUUUAAUAAAGUACUUGAUGGUAAAAAAGCCGACAUUAUCUUGUACUGGACCCUGUGCUCGCUGGAACACCUCAAUAAAUGAGCGUCACCAGGGAGGAAGUGCAAAUAAAAGUUAUCUUUUUAA